AAACGAGUGUAAGCGGCUUUUGAAGUGAUUUUUUUUAUGAUUAAUCAGUGUGUAGAUUUUUGAAAAUAAAUAAGAUCGGAAGUUGAGUGCAAUUCUGCAGCUUGUGGGCAAAAAUGUCGACCAGUGCCGGAUCUAGUAGCACUGCCGGUACAACGGCUCCAGGUGGCGGUGGCGGCGGUUCGGCCGGUAACGCAGGAGGCAGCAGCGCUGCUGGCAACGGCGGCAGUGGUAGCAGCAGUACUGGUUCCGGUGGUGGACGUCGCAAUGGCAACGGAAACGGCAAUGGCAGUGGAAACACCACACCCGAAACACCGGCAGUGCCCAAGCCCGAGACGAAGGAAACCAAGUCCAACCCGAAAAUUUCCAAGGCACUAGGAACGUCGGCCAAACGCAUCCAAAAGGAGUUGGCCGAAAUCACACUUGAUCCGCCUCCGAAUUGCAGUGCUGGCCCGAAAGGCGAUAACUUGUACGAAUGGGUUUCUACCAUUUUGGGCCCUCCAGGAUCCGUCUACGAGGGAGGUGUGUUCUUCCUGGAUAUUCACUUCUCACCAGAAUAUCCGUUCAAACCGCCCAAGGUCACAUUCAGAACGAGGAUAUAUCACUGCAAUAUCAACAGCCAAGGUGUUAUCUGCCUCGACAUCCUCAAGGACAAUUGGUCACCUGCGCUCACCAUCUCGAAAGUGCUGCUUUCCAUUUGUUCUCUACUAACAGACUGCAAUCCAGCUGAUCCAUUGGUUGGAAGUAUUGCCACACAAUAUCUGCAAAAUCGGGAAGAGCAUGACCGAAUUGCUCGCCUGUGGACUAAGAGAUAUGCAACGUGAUUUCCUAAAUUUGACGUUCUGUAUAUUUUUAUGUGAAAAUCACUAAUAUUUAUAAUUCUAACCAUAACGAAGGAAAACAUACUAAAACUAAUAAACUAAAUUGAAACAAGAGUAAUAAAAAAUAGCAACAACUCAAUAAAAAAAAAAAAAAAAAAAAA